AACUUGUAAAUGUUUGGAGUUUGCUUAUAACGUGAUUAUCCAACUAGAUACUAUCCUGACUAAAUUAUUACGAAAUUAGUGCCUUAUACUUUUAAAUAUUAUUAAUCUAAAUUAUUUUUCUGAUAAACAUAUAAAUUUGAAUGGAAUACAAUUUGAAACUUGUCAAGUUUAUUUUUGGAAAGAUAAUUAAUAUCUUUUAUCUUAGUGAUUCUGUAGCUAACUGAUUUUAUUUAUUAUUUUUCUCAAAAUAUAAAUAAAAAGUGACGCUGUUUCUUUUCCUAUAUAAAGAAAAAGACACAAAUGUAAGUAUAUAGCAUAUGUAUUUUAAGUAUGAUAAUAUAUGUAAGUAUAUAAUAUCGUUAAUAAGCUUUGUUAUAUUUUAUAAAAAGUAAAAUAAACAAGAUGAUAAUAUUAACUUUUUGUUAAAAUAGGAAUUCGAAAUUAAAUCAUUACCAAAAAUGUUAACCUACAUACAUUGAAUAAAAACUCCUUUAUCUACCGGCUCCCUGCUUUCAAUUCAAAGAAUUUAUAUUUAUUACAAAUAUAUUUAUUUAAAAUAAUAAAUUUUCAUUUUUCUAUAUUUUUCACGUUGUUUAUUUUUCGUAUUGUUUUUUUUUUAAUUUGCUUUUUAUAACAACGCACGCUCGCACUUAUUUAUGUUAAAAAAACCAGCUACGCAGAGCUGCCUACGGGCAGCACUGGCAGGGUCGCCAUGCAAUGGGGGGACCUGGGAGUACGGGUGAAAUAGACAUAAGUUGCGUUUUGAGUGACUAUUAAACUAAACACAUUAUAUAUAAUAGGAUGGAUACAUCUCCAUCCUAUUAUUACACAUUACAUUGGAAAGGUGAUUUUUGUGUGAAUAAUUUUACUGAAAACUUUGUACAUCAUUUAAUAAUCAUAACGUACGUAUAUGUGUUGUGUUGUGCAGGGCGACAUGUGCGUGGCGGAGAGCGAGCGCGGCUCCGUGGUGCGCGGCGUGCCGCUGCUGGGCGCCUUCCCCGGCGCCUGCGUGUGCGACAACGCGCGCACCCUCCUCGCCUGCGUGCCGCCCCGCGCCCCCGCCCGCGCGCCCCCGCCCCCGCCCGCGCCCGCGCACUACCACUCCGACAGUGAUACGGAAUGGGAUCCUUCAGAAUCAGAGACAACAAGACUGCCUUCGUUGACGAAAUCCGUCUCCUUGCCCGCUACCAGUACGGCGUUAGCGGUACCCUCACCUUUACAGAUGGUGCCAAGAGAACGCUCGUUACCCGACGACCAAUCAGACGCAGGAGGUGAUGCUGCACAGAUGAGAGCUUUAGAGGUAUGUCGUCAUCAGCCCUGUUACAGCCCCACUGCAGGGCUCAGGCCUUCCUUAUAAAUGGUCAAGUAGGAUGGACCAUGAUCCUCUAUACUGGCCCAAUGCGGAUUAGAGGGUGCAUUUGCAGCCGGGACCAACGGCUUAAUGGGCCUUCCGAAGAACGGAAUAGCUAGAUAUAAUAUUUUUUAAACCGACUACGUCACCGGGCUACAGAGGUAUUUUAUUAAUAUGUAGUAAUUUCUAGAAAAGUUAAACUAGAACAUAAAUUUUCUUUUUUUUUUAUCAACUGGUCGCCUCCACCAAAAUUUCUUAAAAUAAAGUAAACAUCUAAAUCGUAACAGAUAAUACAAACUACUUCAAUAUGGAUAGGAUAGCUCGACUGAGUAAAGAAAAAGAAAUUCUAUUUAGUCCGUCAGUCGGAUAAUAGAAAAAUAUUAGAUACGUAUUUUUUUUUACUUCCAAUUAAACACGAAAUGGCUUAGAUAAUUGGCAUUAUAGUUGAGGACUGCGGGCUCGCUACGUCACAGUUUUGUAGGCAAUGUACAAAAGCGUGACGUCAUGCGACAUUUCAACUCGAUGUAUCGCUGCAAUUUAUUGAUUACCCAAAAAAUAAAAAUAAUAUUACUUAAUAAUAAUAUUAAUUUAAUAUUCUUCAUUGAUCUACCUGACGGAUAAAUAAUCAAAAAUGAGUCGUCAUCCAUAUUGUGUAAGAUGU